UUUUAUUCUACGUCAAUGGAUUUCAGGAAUCUAUGCUCUGCCCACUUCAUGAGUCUGGAAAGAAUCAAUGGACGUCUAUUUCCCGGAAUCUCCAGUUGCUGCAUUAUAUAUAUACUCCACCAUUUCUCCAUUCUGCAAGGUGUGGAUAAACAAAUUCAACAUUCACACCAUUUGUGGUUUUUUCAUCUCGAAGAAUUAUCGACGAAGAGGAGCAUUUCUCAAAGUGGCUCGAUGGCAUCGAAGAGGAUAUUGAAGGAGCUGAGGGAGUUGCAGAAAGAUCCACCUACUUCAUGCAGUGCAGGUCCUGUAGCAGAAGAUAUGUUUCAUUGGCAAGCAACCAUCAUAGGACCAAAUGAUAGCCCCUAUGCAGGUGGUGUCUUUGUUGUGAACAUCCAUUUUCCUCCCGACUAUCCUUUCAAACCUCCAAAGGUUGCUUUCAGGACGAAAGUAUUCCAUCCAAACAUAAACCACAACGGGAACAUAUGCUUGGACAUACUCAAGGAACAGUGGAGUCCUGCACUCACCAUAUCCAAAGUGUUACUCUCUAUAUGUUCACUGCUUACAGACCCUAACCCAGAUGAUCCACUGGUUCCUGAAAUUGCACAUACCUGCAAGACUGACAAAGUUAAGUACGAGUCAACUGCUCGGUCCUGGACCCAAAAGUACGCGAUGGGCUGAACCCUGAAAUGUACUUGUUUUCUUCCUGUUUGUUCUGAAAUUUUAAAUCUUCUGUUUCUCAUUUUGCUGUCUUGAUAUGAAAGCCAAAGAUUUCUUUGGCUAAGCCAACUGUUACAUAAGAUUGUGUUGAGCCCGAAAGGCCAUUACAUCAUGAGACGAAUACUUCUA